GUUGUUAUAAACGUCACGAGGAUAUGCGUACCUCCAAAAGUUUAUGUAACACUCUUUCCGGUAAAAAAAGAAGACACUAAAAAUAUUCUUUAAACGAAAAUAAUUUUGAUAAGAAUAUGACCAAUCAACUAUUGAGACGCCAUGUUCUGCGAUUUGGACGUUCAAUUGUAUCAAUGAACACACAGACCAGUUAUUGUUCAAAAAAAGUGAAAUUAUUUCAGAUGUCAGAAACAGUUCAAAAGUCAUCACAGUGUGCAUUUCAAGGACUUUCACGACAUAUGUCAACAGAAUCAAAGUUUGAAGCAUUUAAUGUACAGGAUACAAAUGAUUUUAAAAAUAGAGUUCUGGAAAGUUCUACGCCAGUAAUAGUAGAUUUCCAUGCAACUUGGUGUGGACCCUGUAAAUUGUUAGGUCCAAGGCUCGAGUCUAUUAUAGCAUCUAGUGCAGGAAAAGUGCAUUUAGCCAAAGUAGAUGUUGAUGACCUGGCAGAAAUAGCUAUGGAUUAUAAAGUACAGUCAGUUCCAACAGUUUUAGGAAUAAGAAAUGGUAAAGUUCUUGACCAGUUUAUUGGACUACAAGAUGAUGAUCAAAUCAAAACAUUUGUAGAGAAAUUAGUUAAUUAAUUGUUUUAAUGGUUGAUCCAAUGUGAUAAUAAGAUAAACAGUAACAGAAGUCAUAUUUCUUAAAAAAAAAAAAAAUAGACUUUUGACCUUAUUGCUGGACAUUACUGCAGUAAAAUGUUAAAAUCACAAGAGAAACUGUUUGGUACUGUGAAAAGAGGUUGCAGUAUGAAAAAAGCAGUACAAGUGUGGCUGAUUCCCCAAUAUCAAUAAGAUUUAAAUUAACCAAAUAAAGAAAUAUUUUAUAUAAAACAAUAAAAUAUUAUAUAUACAUACUAUG